GACAGCAAUGGCGGCCUUCGCUGUAGCACGGAGCAGCUGUGGUCUGCUUUCCGGACUAAAAGCUUCUUUUAAAACAUUCGGACAGGUAAAACAUGGCGUGGCUUCGGCAGCGGGAGCACAGUCCCAGCUGCAGCGGUGGUAUUCCGUUAGUCAUCUCUCCGUUCAGGAGAGGAUAGACAGAAAGAGGAAUGCAGCGCUGAUCGGAGGAGGUCAGAAGAGAAUUGACGCGCAACACAAAAGGGGGAAGCUGACAGCCAGAGAGAGAGUUGAGCUCCUGUUGGAUAAAGACUCGUUUGUAGAGUAUGACAUGUUUGUGGAACAUCGCUGCUCUGACUUCGGCAUGGAAGAGGACCACAACAAGUUCGCAGGGGACAGUGUGGUGACUGGACAGGGGAGGAUCAACGGAAGGCUGGUGUAUGUCUUCAGUCAGGACUUCACAGUAUUUGGAGGCAGUCUGUCUGGGGCUCACGCACAGAAGAUCUGUAAGAUCAUGGACCAGGCCAUGAUGGUGGGUGCUCCAGUCAUUGGUCUGAACGACUCUGGCGGAGCCAGGACCCAGGAGGGGGUGGAGUCACUGGCUGGAUACGCUGACAUCUUCCUGAGGAAUGUGAUGGCUUCAGGUGUGGUUCCUCAGAUCUCUCUGAUCAUGGGUCCCUGUGCUGGAGGAGCUGUCUACUCUCCUGCCCUGACCGACUUCACCUUUAUGGUCAAGGACACCUCAUACCUGUUCAUCACAGGUCCUGACGUAGUGAAGUCUGUCACCAAUGAAGACGUCACUCAGGAGGAGCUGGGAGGAGCUAAAACGCACACCGCCGUUUCAGGCGUCGCUCACCGUGCGUUUGAGAACGACAUCGAUGCUCUGCUCAACCUCCGAAACUUCUUCAACUUCCUUCCCCUUAGCAACCAGGACCCCGCCCCUGUUACCGAGUGCCACGACCCCAGUGAUAGACUGGUUCCUGGUCUGGACACCAUCGUUCCCUUUGAGACCACUAAAGCCUACGACAUGCUGGACAUCAUCCAGGGGAUUGUGGACGAGAGGGAGUUCUUUGAGAUCAUGCCUAACUACGCUAAAAACAUCGUAGUGGGAUUCGCUCGCAUGAACGGACGAACUGUUGGAAUUGUAGGUAAUCAACCUAAAGUGGCGUCUGGUUGUCUGGACAUUAACUCAUCAGUGAAGGGAGCUCGCUUCGUUCGUUUCUGCGGCGCUUUCAACAUCCCCAUCCUCACCUUCGUGGACGUGCCCGGCUUCCUGCCAGGGACGUCUCAGGAGUACGGCGGUAUCAUCCGACACGGGGCCAAGCUACUGUUUGCCUUUGCUGAGGCCACCAUCAUCACUAGGAAGGCCUACGGAGGAGCGUACGACGUCAUGAGCUCCAAGCACCUGAGAGGGGAUGUGAACUACGCCUGGCCUUCUGCAGAGGUGGCCGUGAUGGGAGCCAAGGGUGCUGUACAGAUCAUCUUCAGAGGGAAAUCCAACCAGGCAGAGCAGGAGGCUGAAUACGUAGAGAAGUUUGCCAACCCUUUCCCUGCUGCUGUCAGAGGGUUCGUGGAUGACAUCAUCGUGCCGUCGACCACCCGGAAGAGGAUCUGUAGGGACCUGGAGGUUCUGGCCUCCAAGAAACAGACCAACCCCUGGAAGAAAUACGCCAACAUCCCACUCUAACACACAAACACCUUCGACCACGCGACCUGUCUGUCUCUCACUUCACCUAUAGCUUAGAUCAGGGCUCUUCAGCCCUGUUCCUGGAGAGAGCUCUCCAGGAGGGUGGCUCUCCAGGAACAGGGUUGGAGUGAAAACCUCCAGGAGGGUAGCUCUCCAGGAACAGGGUUGGAGUGAAAACCUCCUGGAGGGUAGUUCUUCAGGAACAGGGUUGGAGUGAAAACCUCCAGGAGGGUAGUUCUUCAGGAACAGGGUUGGAGUGAAAACCUCCAGGAGGGUAGCUCUCCAGGAACAGGGUUGGAGUGAAAACCUCCAGGAGGGUAGCUCUCCAGGAACAGGGUUGGAGUGAAAACCUCCAGGAGGGUAGUUCUUCAGGAACAGGGUUGGAGUGAAAACCUCCAGGAGGGUAGCUCUUCAGGAACAGGGUUGGAGAGCCCUGGCUUAGAUCAACUUAUCGGUCCCUAACCCUGUGGGAGUUGUUUGGAAGAAUCAGCUGUUUUCUAUCUGGUUAAAUUAACACACCUGCUGUGAAUCCAUAGACUCGUUUGUUAAAUAAAAUGAUUGAAAUUGUAAAAGACAAA